AUGUUGAGGGACAUCCACACACAUGCCAGUCUGAACAAGAGGCACAAAGCCUUGUACAUGACCAGCUACUACCAGGCCAAGUGCAGGUGUACAUUGACGGUUCUCGAUUCUGCCAAAAUGGUCACUUCUAUACUGGCUGUGCAGUGUGGACCCCUCAUCUUCCCAAUACAGAUUGCGGCUCAAGUUACGCCCAUCGGCCUCAAACAGUAUCAACAAGAUCUGUGGGUCUCUGAUGGAGAACUUGUGCCACACUUGAAACGUGAUCCGAUGGUUAACGACAGUCACUGCAAUUCCAUGGAGGCCAGAUGCCAGGGUGGUAUCUGGACCCACCUGCAUCGACUUGGGACAACGGGUCACACUCACACACACCCUAGGAUGCGGGAGAUGGGUAUGGAAUUUACUGAACUUCUUUUUAACCUAACAAAUCCUGUAUCUAAAAACAAUUUAAAAACAUUUGUUUGGACUGGACAAAAAGAAGGAACCUACUGUGUAGGAAAAUGUGAGGCAAAUAUGGACAAUUUUACUAACCCUCAUAAUUGUUCAUGGGCUUUACAUCAUUGCUUUAAUCUAACCACCUGUGGAUAUAGAAAGCCCACACAGUGUCCAAAAUUAUAUCCCACCCCUCCGGGUGGCCUUAUCAAAGGAAAUAUAAACAAGACUUUGCUUCAUGAUGUCAAUCUUGUGAUAACACAUGUGACGUAUAACAUUUCUAACAUUUUGUCUGCUUACGUAGAACAUUGUAACAGUAAGGAUGAAACCUAUACAUGGCUACAGUCACGCAUCGAUGAUAUAGUUUCCGAUUACAAAAACAGACUUGCAGUCCAAAUUCCACCUACUCGCACCAAACGAGACCUGUUUGGAAAUAUAGCAGGCCUUUUUGGGUCAAUUAAUUCUAUAUCCAACACUUACAAAAUAACAGGGCAAUCUCAAUUUUCAACAUGGUUGGCAAAUCAGGUGGCCACUGGUUUUCAACACAUCACCAAUAGUAAUGAAAAUAUUAUCAAAGCGGUCAGAUCUGAAGCACAUGCGCUUCUGACGACCAGUCAAACAAUUUUCAAUCAGACCCAUAUCAUCGAGCAUGACUUGGCCUGUAGAUUGUAUGCACAAGAUUUGUUUACUGCAGCAAGACAAGAGAUUUUAGAUCUUCGUCUUCACAAGACACCUAGACAUGUUUUAAAUGAUCUUAUUGAAAUUUUAGAUCUACAUAGAUGGCUUACAUCAGAAAAAAUUAAGAACAUUAACUAUUCUGAAUUGUUAACAACAUUAAUGAUGUAUACUGGAAAUGAAUGUACUGGAUGUAUUGGGUUUUUUGCCACUUUCCCUCUAAUUCACCCAGAUCAAGUUUUCCUAAAUUCCACUACCAUACGCUCUAUCGGCGUAGUAGUGAAGGAUCAGAUCAUAAAAUGGGACCAUCUUACGGGGUAUAUGACUUUGAAGGGCACUGAAACCUUGUUUACCACUCGCACCUGUUGUCAUGAAACAUCUAGUUACAUUAUUUGUACCUGCAACACUUUACAACCUUUUUCUCCCAACGAUUCUAAGCUCGUUAAUGUGCAGUCUUUGCAUGGCCAUUCUGAUGCUGUUCAAGUGUCUCACACCCAGUGGUGCGUCAUAAGUGAGAUGAAUUCCUUCACCUACGGAGGUCUGACCUGCCCUGCGAACCACACUUUCUGCUUGGAAGUGAAAGAGGACUUUUCAAUGGGUCAGAUAAACAUCCUGGGAAAGGUACCACUAGACGUAGAUGUUUCCCCAUGGUGGGAAGACACUUUUUAUGAGCGAAGCACACAAGCUUUGGUUAACACGAUGGACUUAGUUCAAGGGAUUAUUUUACAGACUGAAUAUCAUCUCAACCAAGCACAAGUGGAAGCAAAUCUGGCGGAAAAGACUGCAGAGAUCCUGUCCAGCUCCUCUACACGCUCAGCUUGGUAUACUUACACCUGGUGGGAUUGGAUGUUUCGCGGAUGCGCCAUCGCCAGUGUGCUCAUCUUCUUAUUCACUCUCAUCCAGUGCUGCUACUUCAGAUGUCUUCUCCGCGCAAUGCGCACUUCAACCAAUGUGGCCAUCACGCUCAGUCCACUAAGAGUACCAGCCCUACAGAAACUACAACCGUAAGCAAGCUACAAGAAAUCCAU